GUAGAUUGAGCGCUCUGUGAGAGCAGGGACUUUGUUCACUGCUGGGUCCCCAGAGCAGAGACCAGAACAGGCGCUGGGAAAACAUCUGUUGAAUGACCCAGGACAGCAGUACCUCUGUCGUUCAAAAACAACGAAGGCUGAGAUUCAGAGGAACUACAAAUCCCAUAAGGUGUUGCAUGUCUAAGGCCUUUGGAGAACGAGGUCGGCCCCGGCGCAGGCGCGGUGGCGCGAGUUGGACUGUGAAGAAACAUGGCGGCCGCGACGUUGACUUCGAAAUUGUACUCCCUGCUGUUCCGCAGGACCUCCACCUUCGCCCUCACCAUCGUCGUGGGCGUCGUGUUCUUCGAGCGCGCCUUCGAUCAAGGCGCGGACGCUAUCUACGACCACAUCAACGAGGGGAAGCUGUGGAAACACAUCAAGCACAAGUAUGAGAACAAGUAGUUCCUUGGAGGCCCCCAACCAGGCCAGAAGGACCAGGUUCACCCAGCAGCUGUUUCCCCAGAGCUGGAGCCUCAGCUUGAAGAUGAUGCUCAAGUUACUCUUCAUGGACCACCGUUCGCUGUUGGCAAGAAACAGCUUUACUUAUAAAACAGACUCUUUACCUUCUGCUGUUUGAAGUAUGUUUAGUCAGCAUGCUCAGGAAAUAAAUGUGAAUUGCCCUUGA